GGGAAGUGACUGACCCCUUUCGCUCAGUGGGGCCCGCUCGGCUUGCCCUUGCCGGCUCCCAGCCGGCCCAGCGGACGCAUGCGUAGACCCGCCGCCGGGGGCGCUCAGUUGUCUUUCCCUUUUACUUAGGCAAAUCACUCGCCUCCCCCGAGUCCGGUCACUGCGGAGCCGCCCGUGCCUACCAGCUUCCCCCACCCACUAAGGGGAACUUCCGGCCUCUCAGACUCCGGCGGCGCGAAAAUCCCGCAACUGCGCAGGCGCGGGCGGAGCCCGAAGGGAGGGAGGGAGGGAGGGGCGCAGGCGCGGUUAGUCCCGCGGUGGGCGCCUGGGCUCCCGGGAUUCUACCUUCUCCUGCGGCCGGCACGCGGUUCCCAGCGGGCCAGCGGCGGUCAGCCGAGGUCGAGACGCCCUCAGGGUGGCCUUAGCGGCCGGUCGUACCACGGCAGCCCCGCCGAUCGGGUUCCUUUGGGAGACUUCGACUUGCUGGCGACCUGAUGGCCAAAAGAAAGGAAGAAAAUUUUUCCUCUCCUAAAAAUGCCAAAAGGCCAAGACAAGAAGAAUUGCAGGAUUUUGAUAAAGAUGGUGACGAAGACGAAUGUAAAGGUACUACUUUGACUGCAGCCGAAGUUGGAAUAAUUGAGAGUAUCCACCUAAAAAACUUCAUGUGUCAUUCAAUGCUUGGACCUUUUAAGUUUGGUUCUAAUGUCAACUUUGUUGUUGGCAACAAUGGAAGUGGGAAGAGUGCAGUACUCACAGCUCUCAUAGUUGGUCUUGGUGGAAGAGCAGUUGCUACUAAUAGAGGAUCCUCUUUAAAAGGUUUUGUGAAAGAUGGACAGAACUCUGCAGAUAUCUCAAUAACAUUGAGGAACAGAGGAGAUGAUGCCUUUAAAGCCAGUGUGUAUGGUAACUCUAUACUUAUACAGCAACACAUCAGCAUAGAUGGAAGUCGAUCUUAUAAACUUAAAAGUGCAACAGGCUCCGUGGUUUCCACAAAGAAAGAAGAGCUGAUUGCAAUUCUUGAUCAUUUUAACAUCCAGGUGGAUAAUCCAGUUUCUGUUUUAACACAAGAAAUGAGCAAGCAGUUCUUACAGUCUAAAAAUGAAGGAGACAAAUACAAAUUCUUCAUGAAAGCAACACAACUUGAACAGAUGAAGGAAGAUUAUUCAUACAUUAUGGAAACAAAAGAAAGAACAAAGGAGCAGAUACAUCAAGGAGAAGAGCGGCUUACUGAACUAAAGCGCCAGUGCGUAGAGAAAGAGGAACGUUUUCAAAGUAUUGCUGGUUUAAGUACAAUGAAGACUAAUUUAGAGUCCUUGAAACAUGAAAUGGCUUGGGCAGUGGUCAAUGAAAUUGAAAAACAAUUGAAUGCUAUCAGAGAUAAUAUUAAAAUUGGAGAAGAUCGUGCUGCUAGACUUGACAGGAAAAUUGAAGAACAGCAGGUCAGACUUAAUGAAGCAGAACAAAAGUACAAGGAUAUUCAAGACAAACUAGAAAAGAUUAGUGAAGAGACAAAUGCACGAGCACCAGAAUGUAUGGCAUUGAAAGCAGAUGUUGUUGCCAAGAAAAGGGCCUAUAAUGAAGCUGAGGUUUUAUAUAACCGAUCCUUAAACGAAUAUAAAGCAUUAAAGAAAGAUGAUGAGCAGCUUUGUAAACGAAUUGAAGAGCUGAAAAAAAGUACUGACCAAUCUUUGGAACCUGAACGGUUGGAAAGACAAAAAAAAAUAUCUUGGUUAAAAGAGAGAGUAAAGGCCUUUCAAAAUCAAGAAAAUUCAGUCAAUCAGGAGAUCGAACAGUUUCAGCAAGCCAUAGAAAAGGACAAAGAAGAACAUGACAAAAUUAAGAGAGAAGAAUUAGAUGUGAAGCAUGCACUGAGCUACAAUCAGAGGCAACUGAAAGAAUUGAAAGAUAGUAAAACUGAUCGACUCAAAAGAUUUGGCCCUAAUGUUCCAGCUCUUCUUAAAGCCAUAGAUGAUGCUUAUAGACAAGGACAUUUUACCUAUAAACCUGUAGGCCCUUUAGGAGCUUGCAUUCAUCUUCGGGACCCAGAACUUGCUUUGGCUAUUGAAUCUUGCUUAAAAGGGCUUCUGCAGGCCUAUUGUUGCCAUAAUCAUGCUGAUGAAAGGGUCCUUCAGGCACUCAUGAAAAGGUUUUAUUUACCAGGGACCUCACGGCCACCGAUAAUAGUUUCUGAGUUUCGGAAUGAGAUAUAUGAUGUAAGACACAGAGCUGCUUAUCAUCCGGAGUUUCCAACAGUUCUGACAGCUUUAGAAAUAGAUAAUGCAGUUGUGGCAAAUAGCCUAAUUGACAUGAGAGGCAUAGAGACAGUGCUACUAAUCAAAAAUAAUUCUGUAGCUCGUAAAGUAAUGCAGUCACAAAAGCCACCCAAAAAUUGUAGAGAAGCUUUUACUGCUGAUGGUGAUCAAGUUUUUGCAGGACGUUAUUAUUCAUCUGAAAAUACAAGACCUAAGUUCCUAAGCAGAGAUGUGGAUUCUGAAAUAAGUGACUUGGAGAAUGAGGUUGAAAAUAAGACGGCCCAGAUAUUAAAUCUUCAGCAACAUUUAUCUGCCCUUGAAAAAGAUAUUAAACACAAUGAGGAACUUCUUAAAAGGUGCCAACUACAUUAUAAAGAACUAAAGAUGAAAAUAAGAAAAAAUAUUUCUGAAAUUCGGGAACUUGAGAACAUAGAAGAACACCAGUCUGUAGAUAUUGCAACUUUGGAAGAUGAAGCUCAGGAAAAUAAAAGCAAAAUGAAAAUGGUUGAGAAACAUAUGGAGCAACAAAAAGAAAAUAUGGAGCAUCUUAAAAGUCUGAAAAUAGAAGCAGAAAAUAAGUAUGAUGCAAUUAAAUUAAAAAUUAAUCAACUAUCAGAGCUAGCAGACCCACUUAAGGAUGAAUUAAACCUUGCUGAUUCUGAAGUGGAUAACCAAAAACGAGGGAAACGACAUUAUGAAGAAAAACAAAAAGAACACUUGGAUACCUUAAAUAAAAAGAAACGAGAACUGGAUAUGAAAGAGAAAGAACUAGAGGCAAAAAUGUCACAAGCAAGACAAAUCUGCCCAGAGCGUAUAGAAGUAGAAAAAUCUGCAUCAAUUCUGGACAAAGAAAUUAAUCGAUUAAGACAGAAGAUACAGGCAGAACAUGCUAGUCAUGGAGAUCGAGAGGAAAUAAUGAGGCAGUACCAAGAAGCAAGAGAGACCUAUCUUGAUCUGGAUAGUAAAGUAAGGACUUUAAAAAAGUUUAUUAAAUUACUGGGAGAAAUCAUGGAGCACAGAUUCAAAACAUAUCAACAAUUUAGAAGGUGUUUGACUUUACGUUGCAAAUUGUACUUUGACAACUUACUGUCUCAGCGGGCCUAUUGUGGAAAAAUGAAUUUUGACCACAAGAAUGAAACUCUAAGUAUAUCAGUUCAGCCUGGAGAAGGAAAUAAAGCUGCUUUCAAUGACAUGAGAGCCUUGUCUGGAGGCGAACGUUCUUUCUCCACAGUGUGUUUUAUUCUUUCGCUAUGGUCCAUCGCGGAAUCUCCUUUCAGAUGCCUGGAUGAAUUUGAUGUCUACAUGGAUAUGGUUAAUAGGAGAAUUGCCAUGGACUUGAUCCUGAAGAUGGCAGAUUCCCAGCGCUUUAGACAGUUUAUCUUGCUCACACCUCAAAGCAUGAGUUCACUUCCGUCCAGUAAACUGAUAAGAAUUCUCCGAAUGUCUGAUCCUGAAAGAGGACAAACUACGUUGCCUUUCAGACCUGUGACUCAAGAAGAAGAUGAUGACCAAAGUUGAUUUGUAACUUAACAUGCCUUGUCCUGAUGUUGAGGGAUUUGUGAAGGGAAAAAAAUUCUGGACUCUUUGAUAUAAUAAAAUGAGACUGGAGGCAUUCUGAAAUGAAAGAAACUCCUUUAUAUAUCCAACCACAAUCAAACGUAUAAAUAAACCUAGAAAACCAACUACAACCAGCAAUUUAAGAUUACUAUUACUUUAAGAAAAUCAAUUUCAUAGUAUUGGUUUUAAAUCUUUUUAAGUUUUUUUAAUAUCAUCUAUUUUUAUAGAUUCUUUUUCAGAAGUAAAAUUUUGUACAUAUAUACAUGUACAUAUCUGUUUAGUUUGGGUUCAUUUCUAUAGCAUUUUGUAAGAAAAUAAAAGUUUGACCACCUGA